AUGGAGACGAUCGAGACCAUGGAGACCAUCGAUCGAUCGAGACCGGUCGAGACCAUGGAGACCAUGGAGACCAUGGAGACGCGCGAUCACCCCCGUCGACGCCGUCGAUCGAUCGAUCGAUGGGUGAGGACGACGGCGACGUCAUCGGACGACGCGACCAUGUUCGCGCGCGCGCGAGCGAUGACGACCGCGCGCGCGCGACCGUGGGGGUGUCGACGACGGUACUCGGGCGGGGGCGUCCGCGCGGGGGGGGGGGGCGCGCGCGUGGACGCCCACGGGGCGCCAGCGCGGGCGAGCGCGGCGUACGCCAGGCCGGAGCGCAUCGCGGGGGUGAAGGGACGGGACGGCGGCGCGUCGAGGAUCGGAGAGACGCUGGAGCUGCGAGGAUGGGCGCGAAGCGUUCGAACGCAAAAGGGCAUGGCGUUCAUCGAUCUGAACGACGGGAGCGCGAUGACGGGAAUGCAAGCCGUCGUGAGCGAAGGGAGCGGGGCGUGGGCGCUCGCGAACAGCGGCGCGUGCGCCACGGGGGCGGCUUUGCGGGUGAAGGGACGAUUGGUGACGAGUCCUGGAGGGAAACAAGCGGCUGAACUCGCCGUUGACGAGCUCGAGAUCAUCGGUGGGGCCGAUCCGGAGACGUACCCGUUGCAGAAGAAGCGACACACGCUGGAAUACCUCCGAAGCAUUGCGCACUUACGACCGCGGACGAAUACCAUCGGAGCCGUGGCGCGCGUUCGAAACGAGUUGGCGUACGCCACGCACAAUUUUUUCCAACAAAAUGGAUUCCUGUACGUGCACACGCCCAUCAUCACCGCCUCCGAUUGCGAGGGUGCUGGUGAACAAUUCCAAGUGACGACGCUCCUGAGCGGCCUCGACGCCGGCUCAGCGACGACUCCGGGAGCGGUGCAAGCCGCGGAGGUCGCGGUGAAGGCGCAAGGCGAUGCGGUGAAGGCGAUGAAGGCGGGUGGAGACGUUAACAAGGAGACUUUGCUCGAGGAGGUGGAAAAACUCAAGGCUCUCAAGGCUGAAUUGGAGGCUCUCAGCGCCUCGACCGGGAUUCCCACGAACAAGGACGGCUCCGUCGACUACACCCAGGAUUUCUUCGGCAAGCGUUCGUACUUGACCGUUUCAGGACAACUCAACGGCGAAAUCAUGGCUUGCGCGGUGAACGACGUGUACACUUUCGGUCCGACGUUCCGGGCCGAGAAUAGUAACACCUCUCGUCACUUGGCUGAGUUCUGGAUGGUCGAGCCCGAGCUCGCGUUCGCCGACUUGAAGGACGAUAUGGACUGCGCCGAGGCGUACUUGAAGUACUGCCUCAAUCACGUUCUCGAACACUGCGAUGAGGAUCUAGCGUUCUUCGAGGCGAACAUUUCCAAAGACAACCUUCGCGAGCGCCUUCGCAACGUUGCUUCGCAAGAGUUUGUCCGCAUCACGUACACGGAAGCUGUCGAGCACAUCCAAAAGGCGACGAAGAAGUUCGAGUUCCCGUGCGAGUGGGGGUCGGAUCUUCAGAGUGAACAUGAGAGGUACAUUUCGGAAGAGGUUUUCAAGGAUCGGCCCGUCAUCGUGCGCGACUACCCGAAGGAUAUCAAGGCGUUCUACAUGCGCUUGAACGACGACAACAAAACCGUCGCGGCGAUGGAUGUACUCGUUCCUCGAGUGGGCGAACUCAUGGGGGGAAGCCAAAGAGAAGAGCGACUCGAUGUGUUGGAGCGCAGAAUCGAAGAAAACGGCCUGGAGAAGGAGGCGUAUUGGUGGUACUUGGAUUUGAGGCGAUACGGGUCGCAGCCGCACGCAGGUUUCGGCCUCGGCUUCGAACGCCUCGUGCAAUACGUCACCGGUGUUGAAAACAUUCGCGACGCGAUUCCUUUCCCCCGUUACCCGGGUAGCGCCGAAUUCUAG